AUGAAGUCUCUGUCUUCUAAUUGGGUGAAAAGUCAUACUUUUGGAAAAGAAGAAAAGAUUUCAGAAAUGGAUAUUGGCUUAGCAGUUGGUGGUGCAUUUCUCUCUUCAGGCCUGCAAGUUCUCUUUGAUAGGCUUGCUCCUCAGGGUGAGCUGCUCAAGAUGUUUCAGAAGCAUAAGCAUCAUGUUCGGCUCUUAAAAAAACUGAGGAUGACUUUGCUUGGUCUUCAAGUUGUGCUAAGUGAUGCUGAGAAUAAGCAGGCAUCAAAUCCAUAUGUGAGCCAGUGGCUUAAUGAGCUUCGAGAUGCUGUAGAUGGUGCUGAAAACUUUAUAGAAGAAGUCAAUUAUGAAGCUUUGAGACUUAAAGUGGAAAGUCAGCAUCAAAAUCUUGCAGAAACAAGCAACCAGAAAGUAAGUGACCUCAACCUGCGCUUGAGUGAUGAUUUUUUUCUUAACAUAAAGGAGAAGUUGGAGGACACCAUUGAAACAUUGGAGGUGUUGGAAAAUCAAAUUGGCCGCCUAGGCUUAAAGGAGCAUUUUUAUUCGGGUAAACAAGAAACUAGAAGACCUUCAACUUCUUUGGUUGAUGAAUCUGAUAUCUUUGGUAGACAGAAUGAAAUAGAGGAAUUGAUUAACCGUUUAUUUUCUGAGGAUGCAGAUGGAAAAAAUCUGAAUGUAGUUCCUAUUGUUGGAAUGGGGGGUGUAGGCAAGACAACACUUGCUAAAGCAGUUUACAAUGAUCAGAAGGUGAAAGAUCAUUUUGGUUUGAACGCUUGGAUAUGUGUGUCUGAACCAUAUGAUGCUGUCAGAAUAGCAAAAGAGCUACUUCAAGAAAUUAGCUCAUUUGACUGUAUGGUUAAUAGCAAUCUUAAUCAGCUUCAGAUCAAACUGAAGGAAAGCUUAAAAGGCAAAAAGCUUCUUAUUGUUCUAGAUGAUGUCUGGAAUGACAACUAUGAUGAGUGGGAUGACUUGCGAAAUAUUUUUGUACAAGGAGAUAUAGGAAGUAAGAUCAUUGUGACGACACGUAAGGAGAGUGUUGCCUUGAUGAUGGGUAGUGGGGCAAUCAACGUGGGGACUCUGUCUAGUGAAGUCUCUUGGGCUUUAUUCAAACGACAUUCAUUAGAAAACAGGAAUCAUGAGGAACAUCCAGAACUUGAAGAGAUUGGUAAACAAAUUGCACGCAAGUGCAAAGGAUUGCCUUUAGCUCUAAAGGCACUUGCUGGUAAUUUACGCUCAAAAUCAGAGGUGAAUGAGUGGAGAGACAUUUUAAGAAGUGAAAUAUGGGAGCUGCCAAGUCGUUCAAAUGUCAUCUUACCAGCGUUGAUGUUGAGCUACAAUGAUCUUCCAGCAUAUUUGAAGUGGUGCUUUGCCUAUUGUGCAAUUUUUCCCAAAGGUUAUGCAUUCUGCAAAGAACAAGUUAUUCAAUUGUGGCUUGCCAAUGGUCUUGUACAAAGGGUGUAUUCAGGUAACCAGUACUUUCUCGAACUGAGCUCAAGAUCAUUGUUCGAAAGAGUCCCAAAGUCUUAUCAAGGGAACACAGAGAAAUUCUUAAUGCAUGAUCUUGUCAAUGAUUUGGCCCAAAUUGCAUCUUCAAAACUUUGUAUCAGGUUGGAAAAUAUUGCAGGAUCUCAUAUGUUGGAAAAAAGUCGACACCUAUCAUAUUCAAUGGGAUAUGGUGACUUUGAAAAGUUGAAACCACUCUACAAAUCAGAGCAGCUAAGGACAUUACUUCCAAUCAAUAUCCACCGCAAUUACUUCUUAAAGCUAAGCAAGAGGGUGUUGCAUAACAUAUUGCCAAGACUAACAUCCUUAAGGGCACUAUCAUUGUCUCAUUAUUUGAUUAAGGAGUUGCCAAAUGACUUAUUUAUCAAAUUAAAACUUCUAAGAUUUUUGGACCUUUCUUGGACAGAGAUAAAAAAGUUGCCAGAUUCAAUUUGUGUACUAUAUAAUUUAGAGACAAUUCUCUUAUCACAUUGUAGUUAUCUUGAGGAGCUACCGCUGCAGAUGGAAAAGCUAAUUAAUUUGCAUCAUCUUGACAUUAGCAGCACUUGUCGCUUGAAGAUGCCGCUACAUGCAAACAAGUUGAAAAGCCUCCAUGUGCUAGUGGGAGCUAAGCUUCUUUUAAGUGGCCACAAUGAUCCGAGAAUAGGAGAUUUGGGUGAACUACGUAACUUGUAUGGAUCUUUAUCAAUUCUAGAGUUGCAAAAUGUGGUUGAUAGAAGGGAAGCUCUGAAGGCAAACAUGAGGGAAAAGGAACAUGUUGAAAAGUUAUCGUUGGAGUGGAGCGAAAGUAUUCCCAAAAAUUCACAAAAUGAAAGAGACAUACUUGGUGAUCUACAUCCAAAUCCAAACAUAAAAGAACUCUGUAUCACCGGAUACAGAGGGACAAAGUUUCCAAACUGGCUAGCUGAUCAUUCGUUUCUUAAGCUGAUGGAAUUGUCUCUUAGCAACUGCAAGGACUGUGAUUCUUUGCCAGCACUGGGACAACUUCCUUCUUUAAAAUUCCUUGCCAUUAGAGGGAUGCAUCGAAUAACAGAGGUGACUGAAGAAUUCUAUGGUAGUUCAUCUUCCAAAAAGCCUUUUAACUCUCUUGAGAAGCUUCAAUUUGCAGAGAUGCCGGAGUUGAAGCAGUGGCAUUUGAGGGGAAGUGGAGAGUUCCCUACACUUCAGGACCUUUCAAUUGAAGAUUGUCCCAAGUUAACAGGAAUGUUGCCUGAAAAUCUUUGUUCAUUGACAACAUUGAAAAUUUCAAAAUGUCCUGAACUCAUUUUAGAGUCACCUACCCAACUUCCAACUUUAAAAAGGUUUCUAGUUAUUGGUUCUCCUAAGCUUGAAGUUCUUCUUGAUCAUGCUGGAUCGUUCACAAGACUACUUCAGGGGAUGACAAAGAUAGUUCAUUUUAAAAUUGUUGAUUGUCACUCUCUUACCACCUUAUCUAUUAGCAAUCUACCAAGUACCUUGAAGAGAAUAUGGAUAUAUAGUUGUGGAAAAUUGAAAUUGGAGUCAUCAGUUAGCGGUGAGAUGAUUUCUAGCGGAUGUAACAUGUUUCUCGAUGCUUUGACACUAGAUGGAUGUGAUUCUAUAGAAGAUGUAUCAACUGAGUUGGUCCCAAAAACACGCUCUUUGACUAUAGAUGGUUGCCGCCACCUUACAAGGCUUUUGAUUCCCGCUGGUACUGAAUUUCUCGAUAUUCAUAACUGUAAUAAUCUUGAAAUGCUUUCGGUGGCAUGUGGGACUCGGAUGACAUCGUUGCAUCAUUUGUAUAUUACCAACUGCCAGAAGCUUAAAUCGCUGCCAGAAUGUAUGCAGGAACUCCUUCCAUCUCUUAAGAUACUGUCACUGCAAGACUGUCCAGAAAUCCCGUCCUUUCCUGAAGGAGGAUUUCCCUUCAGUUUAGAAGUCCUUGAGAUUGACAAUUGCAAGAAACUGGUGAAUGGCCGAAAGGAGUGGCAUUUAGAGAGACUCCCCUGUCUCACAGAUUUAAGCAUCACACAUGAUGGUAGUGACAAAGAGAUUCUUGCGGAUAAGAAUUGGGAGUUGCCUUGCUCAAUUCUAAGUCUUCGCAUAUCCAAUUUUAAAACAUUAAGCAGCCAAGUUCUCAAAAGCCUCACCUCCCUUGAAUAUCUAUAUACUGAAAAUUUACCUCAAGUUUGGUCACUGCUCGAAGAAGGGCUGCCCUCGUCCCUUUAUGCGCUAAUACUAAAUGGCAAUGAUGAGCUCCAAUCACUGCCAACAGAAGGUCUGCGGCCCCUCACUUCACUACGACGUCUAUCGAUCUUCUCCUACCUUCAACUCCAAUCUCUUCCACUGUUACCCUCCUCUCUUUCUGAGCUGAUCAUCAGUAGUUGUCCAAAUCUCCAAUCUCUUCCAGUAAAAGAAAUGCCCUCUUCCAUAUCUAAGCUAUGUAUUUUCAACUGCCCGUUGCUCAAACCAUUAAAAGGGAUGCUGUCUUCCAUCUCUAAACUAUCUAUUUCAGGCUGCCCAUUGCUCAAACCACUCCUAGAAUUUGACAAGGGGGAUUACUGGCCAAAAAUUGCUCAUAUUCCCACCAUAAAGAUUGAUGGAGAAUACCAGUAAUGAUUAAAAGGAAAGGAGUUCUGAUAAAUUGUGGAGCGUCUAUUGCUCAAACCACGUCAAAAAUUCGAGAAGGGGGAUUACUGGCCAAAAAUAUUGAUUGGGAGUACCUGUAAUAAUUAAAACCAGUGGUGUUCCCAUAGAUGUAAGUUAUUCUAUUUUCUUAGUGUCUUUUGAUUUUUGGCUACUUCUCUUUGCUUGUUUGUUAAUUGUUUUUUUCUUUGUUAAAUCUUUUUGACCAUUGUGUAGCAUCUAUUGCCGUUUUGAAGUCAAGGAAGCACCUUCAGAUGAGGAUGAAUUUAAUGUUAGAUGGCCCAAAAAGGUGAUAAAGUCUUUAUAUUUGCAUCUCGAAACAUUGUAAAAGAAAUCUAGUAUAGGUAGGAAUUGAAAUAAUUUGCUUAGAAAGUUGAUAGCUUAAUAUAUGUCAGCAGGAUGUUUAUUCCUUUGGAGAUCCAUCUCAAUGGCAAUUCAUAUAUUCUUGUGAUAUAUCUACUUGACUAUUUAAGAGUCUCUUUUCUUGUCUAUUAACCUGUGUUCUCCCUCAAAUCUUGCAGUCUAGAAUAUUAUUUGCCAUCGUGAAAGUUGUUCGGUGUUGUUCCCCAUUUUUCGUGUCUUCCACAGAGAUAAAGGGUCCAAAGGAACGCCACCCCACUUUCUCAGUCAGGUAGCCAAAACCUUGAAAAGAGUUACAUCAAGCUUGAAAUUUAAAGAAAUUGGAAAAGACUUCUAAUAUCUGCUUCCAGCAUUUGAGUACAUGUGCAUUUAUUUCAAGUUGAUGCAUAAAACUGCACUUGAUAGCAAAUACUGUCAUUUUUCAGUACCUGGAUCUUUAACACAAUUGUUGAAAUUUAAAGAAAUUGGAAAUGCUUCCAUUAUUUAAGCCAUGAUAUAACGCAUUGAUUUCAAGUUUGAUGCGACUGCAUUUGAUAAAAAUACCGAGAUUUUUUCAGUACUAGGACCUUCAGCACAGUGGUUAAAACAUCAGUUUCCUG